AUGUAUCGAAUGGUAAAAGUAGCAGACAGUGAUACAGAUUUCCAGAGAAUUGUCUGGAGAUUUGAUCCGUCGACUCCUAUACAAUGUUACAAAUUGUUACGUUUAACAUUCGGGACAGCAUGUGCGCCAUAUCUAGCUGUCAAGGUAUUGCACCGACUCGCUGAGUUAGAAGAGAAGAAGUAUCCAUUAGCGGCGAAAAUAACAAAACAAUGUUAUUAUAUGGAUGACUUGUUGGCAGGGUGUGACACGGUAGAUGAGGCAAUUAAAAUUUAUGAGGAAAUGAAUGAAUUGAUGAGGAGUGGGGGGUUUGAGUUACAAAAAUGGAGUAGCAAUAAUUACGAGUUCCUAGAGCAGAUUGGGAAAACUGAGUCGAGUGAUAGUUCAACUGUUAAACUGAAUGAUAUAAUCAAAGUGUUAGGUUUGAGAUGGAAUAGGAAGAAUGAUAAUUUUGAAUACGUAGUAAACUUACCUGAAUCUAAAAAUAUAGUCACUAAAAGACAAGUCUUAUCCGAAGUAGCGAGGUUGUAUGACCCUUUAGGUUGGAUUGCGCCCGUUGUAGUGAAAGCUAAGAUUUUUAUUCAGAAACUAUGGAAAUCUGGUCUUGGAUGGGAUGAGAAUUUGAUGGAUGAAUUACUUAGUGAGUGGCUGAAAUACAGGCAAGAGCUAAUAGAUUUUGAAAAUCUUAAAAUACCUAGGUGGAUAAAUUUCACACAAGAAUGCAAGAGAGAGUUACACGUAUUUUCAGAUUCUUCAAAAUCUGCUUUUGCGGCUGCAGUUUAUAUACGAGUGAUUGAUAGUUCUAAUAGAGUGCAUGUACAUUUACUGUCCGCAAAGACUCGAGUAGCUCCAAUCAUCAAGGAGAUUUCAAUUCCCCGACUUGAACUAAGUGGUGCUACUUUAGCAGCUAAACUUAUAUGUGAAGUAUCACAAGUUUUAGAAGUUCCAAGGGAACAUAUGUAUGGGUGGACCGACUCUACAAUAGUGUUAGCGUGGCUCAAGGGAGGCUCAAGUCGCUGGGCUACAUUCGUUAGCAACAGAGUGUCCACGAUAUUAAAUAUUAUGGAUUACCAUCAAUGGGGUCAUGUCUCAUCAGAGACAAAUCCUGCAGACUGUGCAUCGCGUGGUCUGAAGCCCAGAGAAUUGAGUGAGCAUUCUUUAUGGUGGAGAGGGCCACAUUGGUUAUCAGAACCUACAAUACCCACAGAGAGUAAAUUGAUAGAAGACACACACGAAGAACUACGUAUCCAAUCUUUAUCCGUUGUAGCUGAAGUUAACGAAGAAUUUAUUUGGGAAGACUACUCCUUUAAUGGGUCUGCUACCAGAGGCAAGGUUGAAACCCAGUAA